AUGUACGGCCAGAAUGUGUCAAUCUUACGGUUAUUGAAGACACUGGAAUCCCUGGUGCAGUUCUGCUCCGAAAACGGCGCCUGUGUCUGCUUUGGCGACAUAGCAUUCGAUCAAGGCGAGAAUGUAGCAGAGAAAUGCUGCAGCUCCAAUCCAUCUACAACUCCCCAGGCACUAUUUCACCAAACUGACGUGACAGACUAUCAUUCCGUGCUGGGAUUGUUUGAUACUGCAUUCAAGACCUACGGAAGAAUCGACCAUGCAGUGGCUGGGGCAGGAAUACUGGACAACGGCAACGGGUUUGAUCCAGAAUUGACACUCGAGUCAUUCCGCGAGCCCCCUAGUCAAAAAGUCCUAGAUGUAAACCUGAUAGGAUGCCUGUAUACAGCACGCAUCGCCAGUGUCUAUCCUCGACAGAAUCAACCCGACGGCGCAGACCGAUCAAUCCUGCUGAUUUCAUCCUCGUGUGGAUUCAAAGAAGCCGCCGGGUUCUUCUUCUACCAAGCGUCCGAACAUGGAGUGCUGGGUGUUAUGCGGGCCCUACGUGGAUACAUCCCAUUGCCUUCCAGACACAAUACCCGUACCAUCCACGGCGCAUGGAUCAAGGCUGACCCCCCCAUCAACACCUCUCUGGACGUGACUUGGGUCACAGCCGGCGUACUAACAGAUAGCAGUCUCAAUGGCAAGGCCAUGUACGUUGAGGGAGGUCGUGCGUGGGAGAUGGAAGAGAAUCUGGAUCGUCUUGAACCACAAUGGCUUGGUGAAGGACCGUCUAGAUUCGCCAUUCCAUUUUGUCUGUUAUUCCAACUAACCUCAUAUCGGGGCUCGUCUUCAGAAGCAGCAACAUUGCGGCCUGUCAACUGA